AUGGGGUGUGGUGAAUCAGCCCAACCUCUUAACUCCUGUAGUCGACAUCCCACAGGUGUGCGGGAUCUUGAGGAAAGGAUGAUGGCGCUCAAGAAUGAGUAUCUGGUAGGUGCUUCCUGGAAUCAAGUGGAACAGACUUUAGUUGAUCAGCCCAAGCUCAAUCUUUUAACAGGGUUUUCCUCAUGGGGAAAAUGAGCCAAGAGUUGAAAAGAGAUCUCCACAUUACCAGAAGUGAGUUUCUUGGCCAGUCAGGAAUGGUCUUUACUUUGAAACAAGAAAUUAUGGAUUUCCAAUUUGCCAAAAGUCAAUCAAAAAAUUUCCAAUUUGCAAUGGCAGGUAACUUAUUUAAACGUGCGGCAUGGUGAAACAAAUCUUCCAACUGCUGACAACGAGUGCAGGCACUUAUUCGGCAGUAUUAACCUUUGCGAAGCUGUGAAAGUGAACUGGUGAGUAGCGGGGAAGCAUUAG